UGGUCAUUUCUGAAACUCGACCCGACGGAGUGGAAGAGGAGGGUAGUCCUCUCUUUUUUGGUAAAAGAGCGAGAGGCUGAUUCAGACCGGCUGCUGCUCCCUGGUUUCUCGCGGGUCAGUGUCGAUGACUGUUCUCCCAUGUAGCGCCAAGGCCAGAGAGGAAGUUCAGAGGAAAAAAACACACCAAGCCUGGGGGCCCGAGGGCAGCGUUUCCUUGAGACUUCUUAAAAAGGAAAGCGUUUAAAUAAUCCAUCUGGAAGAGGAGCGGAGGCGAGCGUGCAGAGUCAUGCCCGGCCUGGUGGAUGAGUGACAGGUGAGGCGGUGGCAUCUCAGCAUAGGUGAGCGCGCCGACGCAGGAACGGUCCGCAGCAUGAGGCUCGCAGUUCUCGGACUGGGUCUGCUGGUGGCAGGCGUGGCGUCGGGUGUGACUGGCGCGGGCCAGCGGCGGGGCGGAGACGCCAGGCGCAGGACGCACCGCGUCCAGCAGGGCCCCUGCAGCUACACCUUCAUCCUGCCCGAGGUGGACGCAUGCCGGACCGGGGCCGCCGAGCAGUACAGCAAUGCCAACGUGGCUCAGAGGGACGCGCCAACCGCCGAGGCCGACUGGUCGACCCAGAAGCUGCAGCACCUGGAGACGGCCAUGGAAAACAACACGCUGUGGCUGCAGAAGCUGGAGAACUACAUCCAGGGGAACAUUAAAACAGAGCUGGUUCAGAUCCAAGCCCACGCUGUUCACAACCAGACUGCCACCAUGCUGGAGAUGGGCACCAACCUACUGACUCAGACAGCAGAGCAGACCCGCAAACUCAAUGUUGUGGAAGCGCAGCGUUUCCUUCCCACAGCGCCACACUGGAGGCAGCUGAGAUUUCGGGACUGUGCCGAGAUCUACAAGGCAGGUUAUAAUACGAGCGGCGUGUACCACAUAUACGCUGACAGCAACGCCACGGAGCCAACCAAGGUUUUCUGCGACAUGCAGACCAGCGGGGGUGGCUGGACAGUCUUCCAACGCCGAGUAAACGGCAGUGUGGACUUCCAGCGGACAUGGAAGGAGUACAAAAUGGGCUUUGGUGAUGUUGCUGGGGAGCAUUGGCUGGGCAAUGAGGUGGUGUUCAGGAUGACCGCGACCAGCCAGCCGCAGUACUCGCUGCGGGUGGAGCUGCAGGACUGGGAGGGCAACUCGCCAUACUCGCUUUACGACAAGUUUCAGCUGGGUGACGAGAAGCAGCACUACCGGCUGUUCUUGAGGGGCUACAGUGGAACAGCUGGGAUGCAGAGCAGUCUGGCAGCCCACGGCACCAGUUUCAGCACUCGUGACUCUGACCAUGACAACUGCCUUUGCAAGUGCGCCCUCAUGCUGACUGGAGGCUGGUGGUUCGAUGCCUGCGGCCUUUCGAACCUCAAUGGCAUGUACUACACAGUGGGGCACAACAUCCGCAAGCUCAACGGCAUCAAGUGGCAUCACUUCCGAGGCCCCAGCUACUCCCUGCGCUCCACCACCAUGAUGAUCCGCCCGUCAGACUUCUGAGGCAGGCAGCCGAUGAACCGCCGGGCUCCUGGAAUUUACCGGUCUGCUGGUGGGAAACUGAACUGAGGACAGUACCCUGGAGACAGAGUACACUACCCCCCCCCCCAACAAAUCUACAAAAAUCCAGUGCCACCAUGUCUUAGACUCUCUUUUAACAGGUCUUCAACCGAUGAUCAAACUCUGUCUUUGAGGUGAACAAGACAUUUCACUCCAUAACCAAACAUGGGAAAAUCCAGUCAGUGCUUUUCACAGCAGUUGAGAUGUGUGGACAGUGCUUUGUCAGUCGUCUGUAGCCAUGGAGAUGUGCAUUAACCGACGUGGCCUGGAGCAGCGAUAUUUUCUGAUGUUGACGGUGCUGUGAGAGGCUCAAUGCCGGUCGCAUGAUGAUUUCAUCCGUUGGCCGUGGUUCUGCGGCAAUUUUAUGGCCCCAUAAUGCAACCCCCACCCCAUCACCUUCCCCUCUACAUCAAGCCCAUGUGUUUUUACAAAUAGACUGCAUGAGCACCAUGUGACCAACAUUUUUUUUUUUUUUUAUAAAUUUACUUCUUGUACAAUAUAUGCAUAUCAAGACAGUUUUCUUUCAUAUGUUACCACCGUGUUUUUCUGUGUGACACAUUGUAAGUAUAUGGCGUUUAUGUCCAAGUGCGAUGAUCUGUCAACAUAUUAGUAAUUUAUAUUCUUUUAUUUUUUUAAUGCCAUGUUGCGACUCAACACACUGCAUAAAGUAUUAUACUGAAUAGUAAGAUUAUGUAGUAAGGCUUUUUCUUUGUAAGUUUCAUUGAUUCCAAUGUGCGUAAUAAUUUCAGUCACAUAAUUUCAGCAGUUUUCAGAUUUUUUCCUAAUAUUGCUUAUAACUGGACUGUCUGCUCUUGAGUGUGUCGAAUUUCAACCUUUCCACUUUUGAAGAUGAUUUUUUUAAUGGUAAUUCUGACAAUCGUGUAUGUUCUUAAUUAUGGUAAUUGUUACUGUGUGAUGAUGAAUCCUCCAAACAUGUGAAUUUAGGCCUGAUUAGGCCUGUAUUACUUACCUAUUCUGGGGAAGACACUAUUACAUGAUAACUUUUAUGCACUUUAUAAUACUGAAACAAUAACUUACUAUUAUCUUUGUUACACAAUCAAGGGUGUCAAAUGACCAAGUAUGUAACUGAUCAGAUAAUCAGAUAAAUCUUAUAAUGUAAAAGUUCCUUGAGUUGUGUUUUCUAAGAAUAAAUCUUGUGUAUUUAUGCUAUCCUUCUUAUUAGAAAUGUAGAGUUGAGCUCAAACAUGACAGAACAACAGUUGAAUAUUACUUGGAUGCCUGCGGUUGCCUUGUAAGGUCUGAGGAAUUAAAGAACAGGAGCCAAAGCAUUUUGGAAAGUGAUCAAAAUAAACCCAGAGGCUGAUA